GGGGAAGCCGGAGGAACCCGGGAGGAAGCGGAGGAGCGAACGGGAGGCGGCGGCGGCGGCUCCCGUCGGCCUUCUGCGAGACUGACCGCAGGGAGCCCGGAAAGCGGGCGCGCGCGGCGGAGAGGCGGGCUGGAGGCUGGAGCUGAUUGAAUGAAAAGUGCCAGAGACUGAAAAACUAACCAUGAGGGUAGCAGGUGCUGCGAAGUUGGUGGUCGCUGUGGCAGUAUUUUUACUGACAUUCUAUGUUAUUUCUCAAGUAUUUGAAAUAAAAAUGGAUGCAAGUUUAGGAAAUCUAUUUGCAAGGUCAGCAUUGGAUGCAGCUGUACGUUCUACAAAACCUCCCAGAUACAAAUGUGGAAUCUCAAAAGCUUGCCCUGAGAAGCAUUUUGCUUUUAAAAUGGCAAGUGGAGCAGCCAAUGUGGUGGGACCCAAAAUCUGCCUGGAGGACAAUGUUUUAAUGAGUGGUGUUAAGAAUAAUGUUGGAAGAGGAAUCAAUGUUGCCUUGGUAAAUGGCAAAACGGGAGAACUAAUAGACACCAGAUAUUUUGACAUGUGGGGAGGAAAUGUGGCCCCAUUUAUUGAGUUUCUGAAGGCCAUACAAGAUGGAACAAUAGUCUUAAUGGGAACAUAUGAUGAUGGAGCAACCAAACUCAAUGAUGAGGCCCGGCGGCUGAUUGCUGAACUGGGGAGUACAUCUAUUACUCAUCUUGGUUUCAGAGACAACUGGGUCUUCUGUGGUGGAAAAGGCAUUAAGACAAAAAGCCCUUUUGAACAGCACAUAAAGAACAAUAAGGACACAAAUAAAUAUGAAGGAUGGCCCGAAGUUGUAGAAAUGGAAGGAUGCAUUCCCCAGAAGCAAGACUGACUUGGAGAAAACUGAAGGGAGCACACUUUCACUGUUAUUGGGAAAGCCCUACCAGAAAAACUACAUGUAAAUAUUUUAAGAGCAUGCAGCCAUCUCGGUGUGUGCAUGUCCAUUAUCUCUUUUGAUAUCAGGAUUAUUUAUUGCUAACGUAAAUAGCUGUCUUUGUAAAUAGUCAUCAUCAUAAGCAAAUCACUGAACCAUUUUCAAGCACAUCUCUCUAAUGGUACAAUGUUCAGACCAUGAUGCUAAUGGCAUCUUUUAAUUCUA